GCCAUCUGAUGAAGGGCAGUUCCAGAACGCGUGGUCCUCCUGGAGUUCGAGUAUCCCCAUCUACGGUUUGUUCCAGGCCUUAGCACAGAGGCGAGUUACGGUAUUUAUCGUUUUCCACAAUCUUAUCGCCAAAGCCAAUUAGCAUUCAAGUUUUAGGAGGAAAAGUGAACCUCGGACCCAUCACCAUAAUACCGAUUCUCUCGUCCUAUCCGGCGUCUUGAUUGGUGCAGCGAUUGCCGUCAUUCUGGCUCGCCACCAACCCUCUUCCCUCAUCCAUUUCCUCCCACCACCACCACCUUGCAUAAAAUUGCCCUUCCUCCUCCAAAACUUCUCUCCAACCCCACAUUUACCGUACUUCGCUAUUCGUAUUCACCAAGAAACCUCCACCAAGCACGGUCGUCAAAAUGUUCAAGAGAGUCGCCUUAACAGCCACUUCUAUUCGCGCUAUCUCUUCCCCAAGAGUCGCUACACCCCUGCGUGCUGUUUCCAGGGUUUCUUCCCCCAUUGUCUCCAAGAGAAAUUAUCAUGAGAAAGAUGUAUCAUUACAACAACCCUCGCAACGUCGGCUCCCUCCCGAAAAACGACACGGACGUUGGUACUGGGCUUGUUGGUGCGCCAGCUUGUGGCGAUGUGAUGAAACUCCAAAUUCGCGUCGACAAGGAGACAAACACUAUCAGCGAAGUAAAGUUCAAGACUUUCGGUUGCGGCUCCGCCAUUGCAUCGAGCAGUUAUCUUACCGAGCUCGUCCGUGGAAUGUCCUUGGAGGAUGCUGGCAGAAUCAAGAAUACUGAAAUCGCAAAGGAGCUUUGCCUACCUCCUGUCAAAUUGCAUUGCAGUAUGCUUGCCGAGGACGCAAUCAAGAGUGCCAUAAAGGACUACCAAACAAAAUCCAACCGCGGACCACCAACCCUCGGGAAGAACCUUUUGUAAACACUCUUGAUGGAUUACUCUUUUCCCUUAUUAUCUCGAUCUCCCCCAAUUUUCUCUGAGUUCUUGAAGGGAUUGGUUGGCUAGGUUAACCUGUAGGAUGGGAGGGAAUGAAAAGGCGGCUGGAUCGAAAGCCGACUGGCCAGAUGGAGGGGGUCUGUUUCUUGGUUUUUCCUUUGCCAGCUUACCUUUCGUGAUAAAUAUUUAACCGGCGUUGUUGUUUCUUUUGUGUUUUUUCUUCCCAGCUCCCACUACCACCCCCACACUCUCUCUUUCGCUAUCCUCAUCAUGGGAAUACCUAAAACCUAACAGCCGACCCCUCUACCAUCCUUUCCCUUUUUCCUUUCCUCAAAAAGCUUGCAUCGGGGGUUGCCUCUUUACGUUCCACCCUUAUCAAUUCCCCCCCUUUUUCCCCCUUUACCC